AUGUUCCGACUUGUCAUGGCGCAGGUAUUCAAGCGCCGCAUGGAGUACCUGGUCACGUACUUUCCCCGGUGUGAAGAGCAACACGUGCCACUUCUGUGCAUGCUUUGCUCAAGUAUGAUCAUCGGGUAUUCCUACCACGACAAGAAGGAGACACUGCCAAUCACGAAAGAUGAGCUCUGGAGUAUUAACAGUGACCUCAUCCAGCUCAUGGACAAUCCCAGGUCCUACCCGGAACAACAUCAGCUGGACUUUUGCGAGGCGCUCCUCCUCAACACGUACGCAUCCUCGGUCGGCCCAGGCGCCAGUCCCGCCGGCGGCUGGCUGGCUAUCGGCAGACUGCAUCAUGCUGCCCUUCUGGUCGGGCUUCCCAAGCACCACGACGAGACCCUGCAACUCUCUCAUGUUCUGAACAUCUCUCCCAUACUAUGCGUUCAUCCAGUUCCGCGUCCUGCGUUCGUGACGGAAGAGGCGUUGGCGAAAAUGUACGACGCUGAGCUGGCGGGGACGCCAUUGUCGGAAUUCCCAGAAGAGAGCGGGACAUGCGAAUGGGCGUAUGUUCACUACACCGCCGACUGGUGGGCGGCGCAGCUGCAGGUCGGACACAUCAUGGACCCGACGACCCCGGCAGCUUCGUUGCGGGAGAGGCUACGCCGCUCACUCCGUGUACGACGAGUUCAACGCUACCUUGCCUCCCCACCUGCAGCUACACGAACCGUCGCAACAGGAGCCGCCCUGGUCAUCGACCUGUAUCGCCCUUACUUUCUCGAAGAGGCCGUUGCUUUGCGACGAGCAUUGCAUGCAGCCGAGAGUCUGAUCAACACGGCGCAGGCAUUGACAGCCUUCCUCAUGUUCCGGUGGAUCGACGCCCAGAGUGCGCAGCUCUGGGAGUUUGGAGGCAAGGUGUUCAACGGUGGCCUCACCAUGGCGUACGCGCUUCUGCAGGGCACGCCUGAGUGGGGGUCCGACUCGGGAUUCGAGACAAGCCCAGCAUCCGAAUCAGGAGCAGGCACCUGGCGCUCACAACAGCAGACAGCGCUUGAGACUGCCAUAGGUGCGCUGCGUGCGUGUGCGAAUCAGAAGACGCAUUGCAGCGAGCUCUCCCGCAAGUCGCUCAAGGUCCUGGAGAUUCUCCGGACCGUCAUCCUUCAGCGCCAGGCCGGCAAGGAGCCAACUCACGACCCCUAUUCUCAGAUCAUCAGUGUACUCAACCAGGAUAACACGGAAGAACUUGAGGAUUGGGUCAAGUGGGAUGGCAUCUUCCAGGAACUUUUCACCGGGUACAACGACAUUCUGCAGGGCAUCGCAUGA